ACAGACUCCCAAGACGAUGGUGCCGAAGAACAUCCAACAUGCUUGCUGGCAAGAAGGUACAAGAGCCUUCACAAAUAUGAAUACCAGUACGAAGCAGAGUCCCUGAAUGCAAUUAAAGGAGCUUCCAAUCUCAUGAAUGGACCCAAGUGCUCUUGCAAGGUCGAGAUUGAAGUUCCUCAGACUUGCAGCUACAUCCUGCGCACCACAGGCUGUAGCUUGAGGGAGGUUGUUGAUAUGGACGCAGAGGGAAAACCUGUGUUCGGACCUGCCCCCGGAUCUGAUGCCUUUACUGCUGCCAUGGAGAAACAUCCUCUGAAGGUUGUGGUUGAGGGAGUGUAUGAUGUGAAACUGUACCCUGAGGAGGAUGAGUCCGUGACCAUCCUGAACAUUAAGAAAGGUAUCGUCUCUGCUCUUGCCGUGCCCCUGCUGGAAGAGGAGAACAACAAGAAAAUGCCCACCAUCCACGGCAUGUGCAAGACCAACUACAAAGUCAACGCUAUGGAGGACAUCGCUACUGACAUCACUCUCAACAGGGACUUGUCCAAAUGCGACCACUUCAUCCCCCAGAGGGACCACACCAGCCCCCUGGCCCUCAUCUCUGGCAUGCACUAUCCUCUUGCUCAGCUGAUCAGAAGCUCCCAGACCUGCAACUACAAGUUUGACAAUGACAAGAAGCACAUGACCUCUGGCGCCUGCACUGAGAACCACAUCCUGGUGCCUUUCUCUCACAAGGGAGAGUAUGGAGUUACCAACGUUGGCAAGCAGUUCCUGACUCUGCUGGAGGUUUCCACAUACAAUGAGAGAGUUUUUGACCACAAUGUGGCCAACCUUAAGGGUCUGCCAAUGGAGGCUGCUGAGGACAAGAGCGUUGUUCAGGACAAGGAUGCUCCUCUGGCUGUCCUGAGGGAACUGGCCACUCUGUCCAACGGUGAGAAGAGAGCCCACCUCUUCCAGCAGCUUGUGAGCAUGGUCCGUGGAAUGAAGGCUGAGACCCUGAGCCCUGCUAUCCCCGAGGCACUGAAGAUAUCCGGACCCCUGACCUACCAGGUUCUGGCCCAGUGCGGUACCCCCGAGUGCAGCAGUGCCAUCAUGCAGAUCCUCAGGACCUUUGACAACUCUGCCUUUGAGGUUGAUGCCAUCGUGUUCGCUAUGGGACUGGUCCCCAACCCCUCUGCCCUCCUGGUCAACGACAUGCUGGCUAUGGCACGGUACAAGCAGAGCAAGCCUAUCCUGUAUGCCCUGAGCAAUGUUGUCAAGAGGUUCUACAAGGCCGAGGGCAAAGUGACCCCUGAGAUCGAGGCUGUUGCUGAGUUUGCUGUUGCCCAGCUGGGUGACUGCACCGGUGACACGGAGCAGAAAUUCCUGAUCCUGAGGGUUAUUGGUAACAUGGCUGCAGCCAUGGGAGCCGCCAGUCCUGCCCUGAAGUCUGCUGUGAUCCAGUGUGUAAAUGAGCCCGCCACUUCCCUGGAAGUCCAACAGGCUGCCAUUCAGGCAUUCAGACAGACCCCUGUCCCUGAGGAGGGCAGAGAGGUGCUCAUGCAGGUUCUUUUGAAUAGUGCUAGCCCCCUGCAGAAGCGCGUUGCUGCCUACCUGGUGCUGAUGAAGGACCCCCAGCCUGCUGAACUAGCUCAGCUGGCCUCCGCUCUGCCCAUCGACGAAGACCAGCAGGCCAAGAGCUUUGUCAUCUCCCACCUGACUAACAUACUGGCAUCCACAGCAGUGGAGACCCAGGAGCUGAGACAGAAAAUUCUUGAUGCCCUGCAGGGCAAUGAGGUUGGAACUGUCAUGGAUCCCACCAAGUUCUCCCGCAACUACAUGAUUGGAUCUGUGCAAGGAAAUAUGCUCUUUGAGGGCACCAGCUAUCUGCCCAAGGAAGUCAUGCUGGAGAUGACCCUGAAGGCCUUUGGCUACAAUGUGGACAUGAUGGAGGUUGGCAUGGAAGGCAAAGGACUUGAGCCAACUGUUGAGGCUUUGUUCGGAGAGAACGGAUUCUUCCCUGACACGGUUCUAAAGAUCGUCUACUUCGUUUCUGACAAGAUGCCCCUGCAGGUCAAUGAGGUCAUGAAGAGGAUGAUGCCCGCUCUGAAGAAAGACAGAAUGAAGAGACAGGCUUCCCAGAACAUCGUGAGAGAAAUCGGCCGCAACCUCAACAGACUGGUCAGGGAUCUGAAGGCUCAGGAGUCCCCUGAGGCUAUGAUUUACCUGAGACUGCUGGGAAAUGAACUUGGAUACCUGAAGACCAAUGAGCUAGAGAAGAUGGCCUACUCUGCUGGUCUGAUGAUUGACAACGUACUCAAAAUGUUCCCCACUGAUCUGAUGAAGGGACUGAUGACCAACGCUGACAAUGAAGUCUUCGCCCAUUACAUCUUCAUGGAUAACGAAUUCUUCCUGCCAACUGCCACUGGUGUGCCACUGAAGAUUGCCCUGUCUGGUACCUUCACCCCUGGCAUCAAGGGAGGACUGCACAUUACACCCGACAUGAGCGAGGUCUCCUUCAUGCCCUCCGCUGGAAUUGAGUUUGUGGCCCGGGUUGGUUCCCACAUUCCUGAGUACCUUCUCUCUGGCCUGGAGAUGCACACCAGCCUAUACCACGAGAGUGGGCUCAGCGCUAAGCUCGUCAUGGCUGACAAACAGGUCAAGCUGACCAUCCCUGCUCCUCGGGGUCCUGCCAAGCUCAUCAGCAUCACCAACAAGCUGUUCGAAGUGACCUCUGCUGGAAUGAAACCCAUCCCGUCUCUGGUAGAGGACAGAAUUGAUGUGUCUGAGUGCACUCCAUUCUUAGCUGGUAUGAAGUACUGCACCACCCUUCAGUACUCUGAUGCUAGCUCCCAUGACACUGCACCCUACUUCCCCUUUACCGGAGAUAGCAAGCUUGCUGUGGAGCUCCACCCCACUGGGGAUGUCACUGAAUACACAGCCACCAUCGGCUACGAACUCCUCAGGGAGGGAGAAGAAGGUCGUCAGAAAGUUGACACUGUAAAGGUGGUCCUGAAGGCAGAAGGUGCUGACCCCACUGAGGCCACAGCCACUGUGAAGUACAACAGGAGGAAGAAUGUCCUCACCACCGACAUCCAGAUCCCUGACUUUGACUUGGAGGCCGGAAUCAGACUGGGCGUUGUUGAUGGCAACACCAAGGGCAAAGGAAUACACUCCAUCUCCAUUGACCUCAUCAACAAGAACAUCCCUCAGCUGUCGCUGGUUGGGCGCGCUAAAAUUGAGGCCAUGAAGGAUGCUAUGCUGCAGGUGCAGCUGCUUGUCCCUUCAAUCAAGGCUGACGCCACAGUUACAGCCAACGUGAAGCGUGGUGAGGAACUGGAACUUGAGCUUGAGUGUGACAUCAAGCUCCCAGAGACCACCUCAGUGCAAAAGAUCACCCUAAAAUAUGAUGAUAAGAAGAUUGUGGCUGAGGUCAAGUCUGACAUGAACUCUGAGAUCCAGAACAUCCUCCCUCAUGCUGAGGCAUUCCAGAAGAUGGUCAGUGAUGUUCUUGAUCAGCAGGUGGGCCAGACUGACAUGAAGGUCCGUCACAUCCUCACCAAGUCUGUAGAGGCAACCAACAACUACCUGGAUAAAUAUGCUGCUGAUAUCCCAUACAUGCAGAACCUGAGAGUCCCUGGGAUGCCGGAGAUUACUCUGCCUGAGAAACUUUUCCUGAAUGCUGAGGCCACAGCUGUUUACCACUUCAACACUGAGCAUAUCUUCAUCGCCAUUCCCCUGCCUCUUGGUGGAAAAUCAUCUGAGGAGCUGAACUUCCCAGCUGCACUGACCACACCACACCUGGCUCUGCCCCUGCUUGGACUGGACAUUGCAUCCAUGGAGAUCCCGAUCCCUGAGCUUUUCAUCCCGGAGACCCUUGAUGUGUUUGUGCCCCUCUUUGGAAAAGCUCAGCUGUCCACAAAAGUGAAGAGCAACUUCUACAACUUGGAGGGCUCAGUGUCUGCUGGCAAAGAUGCCGCUGAGACACCAAGCUAUUCUGCCAAGUUUGAUGUGACAGGCAGCUGCUCAAUGGAACUCCUGUGCAUCAAGAUUGAAGGAUCUGGAUUGCUUGCCACCACUCCUGCUGAUUCCAUCAAGGCCCAUGUGAAGACCUCCGUGAGCCACAAGCUCAUUGAUGCCAGCAUUAGCAUAAGGGAAGUAGGCACUGUUACAGACAACAAGAUCAAUGUGAAAUCCAGCAGUAAAAUCGAAGCAACAAGCCCCAUGGGUCUGAGUGUAAACCUAGAGCACACCGGCCAAGUUGGCUUCAAUACUGAAGCGCCAAUACUGGCUCCAACACUGAAGAUCUCUGGUGAUAGCAACUUGGAGGGAACAGUCAAAGCAGGACCUGUCUAUGGCACCACCAUCACCACCCAGUCUUUUACCAUCUUCCCAUUCAGACCAGAGGCAAAGAUUGAUUCUUCCCUGAAAAUUGAUUCAACCAUUCUUAAGGCCCAGAACACCAUUGCUGCAUCGUUUGCCAAUGGUGAGCUGUCUGUUGUGUCUAACAUAAAUGCAUUCGAAGACAUUCUGACCCAUGCUGCUGAACUUGCCUUCAAGGAUAACCAGCUGUCCCUGAAAUGUGAUACCAAUGCCCUUGCCCUUGGCAUGAAGAUCCACAACCAGGUUGAGGGUUCUGUUGGCUCUGGAGCAGUCACAAUCAAGAUGGAGACCAACACUGAAUACUCAACGAAUCGCAUAUACUCUCUUCUCACUGGCUCCCUGGAUGUCAAUGGCCUGGCUGUGAACAGUGAUGCCACUGUAAAGCUGCUUGAGAACAAAGCAGCACACAAAGCUACCCUGACAAUGAACAAGGAUGGCCUGGCCACAAGCGGAACAACCACCCUGCAGGGCCCGUUCGCCAUGGAAAACACCUUUAACGGUGGAAUUGAUGCCUCCAAGGCAACUCUGUCCAUUGAGACCAAGAGUGCAUUGAAUGACAUGAAGGUUGAGAAUGCCAACUCAUUGACCAUCACUCUCUCCAGCCUUGCCUUCAACUCAAAGGCUGAGGCCAUUGUCAGCGAGAGCACUUCCUAUGCACAUGACAUCACCAUUGACCUGCAGGACUACACUGCCUCUGUAAAUGUGAACAAUGACCUGAAACUGCUGGCAGCCAACCUAGUCAAUGAGGCUCAGCUAAAGGCAGUGGUCUACAAAAUUGACUUUACUGGAAGCCUGAAGGGGACCUAUGGUGAGGAAGAGCUCAAACACACCUAUGAGAUCAACUAUGCAGACUUGACAGCUAAUGCUAAGUGCAGCACUACUGGAAGGCUCCUCGGAGCUCACAUGAGCCACAACACUGAGCUUGAAAUUGUUGGCCUUGCUGCAAAGAUCCACAAUGAUGCCCGCUUCAACUCCCAGCCUUUCCGCUUCGACAACACCAUCCGUGCCAGCAUUAUUCCCUUCGACUUCAAUCUUGACGCCAUCUUUAAUGCUGAUGGUGACCUGACCCUGUAUGGCAAGCAGAGCGCUCAGCUCUAUGGAAAAUUCCUUCUUAAAGCACAGCCCCUGGCUUUUGCCAGCUCUCAUGAAUGCAGAGCUUCUGUAACCCAUCAGCUGGACAAUGGCUUCCCCCUGGAAACCACAAUUGACAACAAGAUAGACACACUUCUGACUCCCCAGGAGCAAAGGGCCAUACUUAGGAUGAAGUCAAAGUUGAACAGCCAUGCCCUCAAUCAGGAAGUGAGUGCCUACAACAAUGCUGAAAGGCUUGGACUGGAGCUGUCUGCAACCCUCCUCACCGGACUCCUGAACACAGCUGCCAGUGAAGACCAGGAAUUCACAAUCUCUGGGUUCCUGAAGUAUGAUAAGAACACUGACAGUCACUUGAUUAACCUGCCCUUCCUUAAAAGUUUGCCUGCAAUCCUAGAAAACAUCAAGAUCACUAUUGUUAACAUGGCAGAGGCUAUUCAGAAUUACAUCAAUAGUGAUGAGGUCAAGGCUAAGCUUGAGGCUCUGCCCCAUCAUGUCAGUGACUUUGUUGCCAAACUGAAUCUGGAAGGCAAGGCUGUCCAGCUCAAACAGAACCUGAUUGCCCUCAGCGAGGAGUACCCCAUCACUCUGGAAUACCUAGAGGUCUCCCUUCUGAACCUCAAGAUUGCAGUAGAAAAACUGCUGAUGGGCCUGGCAUCCAGUAUCCAGGGCAUUGUUGCUGCCACCAAGGAGAUGAUUGCAAGUGGCACCCUGUCUGAAACUGUAAUUGAGAGGCUCAGCCAGGAGCUGAAUGCCAUCAAUGAGGAGUAUAAAAUCACUACUAUGAUUGUAGCUGUCAUUGAUGCUAUCGAAGAGCUGAUCAAGCAGAUUGACAUGCAGAAACUGAAGGACAGCAGCAUUUCACUCCUUUACGACAUUGAUGCCCAGUUUGAAAUCAAGACUAAAAUUGAAAACACAGUGAGUGAAUUAAAGCAGUUCAUUGAGACCUUUGACAGAACCAAAACUGCUGAGGAUCUGAGAAACUACAUUUCCUCCAUCAACUUGGAAGCUCAUGUUGAGCAGCUGAUGGAACACCUUCCCACUGAAAUGAUCAGCAAGAUGAUUGAGUCGGUCAAGGCAGUGAUCCAGGAAUUGGACAUCAUUGGCAAAUUGAAUGUUUUCCACGCCAAGCUGAGAGGUCUGAUUGUCAAGUAUGAGGUUGACAAGAAGGUUGAAGCAGUCCUGGAGAAGGUUGCGGGUCUAAUUAAGCAGUUCAAAAUUGUUGAAACAAUUCAGGUCCUUGUUAACAAUCUGAAGGCCAUCGAUAUCCCAGGGAAGGUAAUGCAGAUGCUGGAAGAAACCAUCAACUACUUGAAAACUACUGAGGUCAAACAGGUGAUUGAACAACUGAAUGAAUAUCUUGACUCUGUUGUCCAGCAGCUGAGGUCAUUUGAUUACAAUGCCUAUGUGGAUGAAACCAACCAGAUGAUUGCUGAAUACACUGCUCAUGUAAACGAGCUGAUCAAGGCACUUGAGAUCCCACAGAAACUUCAGGCUUCAAGAGAGUUUGUCAACUUUGUUGUGUCAUCUGCACUUAACUACAUUGAACAUCUGAGGAAAAUCAAGGUUGCAGACAUGAUCAAAACAGUGAAGGACAUGGUCGACCAUGCAAUCCUUAAUGACCUUAAGGCAAUUUCUGAGAGGCUAAAGCAGAGAAUCACCGAUAUGGACCUUAGAAAUGAUAUCAUCUCAUACCUGCAGCAGGUGAGCGAACACUACACCAAGGUCAUCACUGUCAUAAAUGAGGUGUACGGCAAUGUGAUUGAGGUGAUCCAGAAUUUUGCUGGUGAACAACAAAUUGUCAGCGAGGUCAAGCAGAUAAUUGAGGGAGUUGUUACUGGACUGAAGACAGCUGAGCUGGACUUCCCUUCAUUCACCAUCCCUCUCACUGACCUGGUCAUACCCUCCAUGAAGGUCAACCUGGAGAAGCUUCAGGAGAUUGAAAUUCCAACACAGCUGGAUAUCCCUGAGUUCACUAUCCUGGGUUUCCACACAGUGCCAGCCACCACCGUUUCCUUUGACGAUAUCAAGCAGAAGGUCACAGAGCUCAUAGAUUUUAUUGUCAACUUUGAGAUCCAGAAUCUUAAUUUGGAUGUUUUCUUUGGAAACCUGACCAUAAGCUACCUGCCAACCCUACCUGACAUUACCCUCCCAGAGAUUACAUUCCCAGAGUUCUCCUUCCCUGUCCUACCUAAGGUGGCCGCAGAGAAGCUCCUAGAGAUUCCAACUCUCCAGAUCCCUAAGAUCAAGCUCCCUGCCAUUCCCAGUGAGAUCAGUGUCCCUUGCUUUGGCAAGCUCUAUGGUGAGAUCAAAGUCAGCACCCCCAUCUACAGCAUUAGGACCUCUGCUGAGCUCCAGAACUCUACUGACAGUGAGGAGACUCCUCAGCUCACUGCUUUCCUAACCUCCCAGGCCAUAUCUCCCAUUUUUGAGAUAUUCAGCUACAACCUGGACUCCACUGCUCGCGUUGCCAUCCCCAAGUUUAACCGUGUGAUAGUUGCAGAGACCCUUAAGUUUACCCACACUGCACUUGCAGUCGAACACCAGGCAUCAGUGACCCUCUACCGCCUUGCAGCCCAGGCCUCAGCUAAGACCACAGUCAAGGCAACCACUGCACACUACACGGCUGACAUUGUCAAUAAUGCCUUCUUUGCCACAUUGGGUGGUAUGUCUGCAUCUGUGGACACUACCUACAACCACCAGAUCAAUAUCCCAAUCCUUGGCUUCACCAAUGGAGCCUCUGUGACCCAAAAGGCUGUUGCCCGCCUGGAGGACACAACAAUCACUCUGACCAUUGGAAAUGAUGGUGCUAUCAAGUCCAACUCUCACAAGGGCACAUACAAGUGUGACCUUCACUUCGCCAUCAGUCCCAGCACUACUAAGCUGACAAUCUCCGCUGACACCGACACUGCCCUUCUGAAGAUGAAGCAGACCAUGAACGCUGAUGCAGUCAUUCUCAGUCACAUCACAUUUGAGGCCCGCUCUGAGGCAGAAGGCCCAGCCAUCAAGAACAGCCUUCUGGUGGCAUCUGGAAAUGCCAAUUUGGGAGAUAUGAAGGUUGAACUGAAGGCAAACCAUGACACAGAGCUUGUUGGAGAUCUCAGUGGAAUCCUGUCAAACUCACUCACUGUUAAGAUUCAUCCUAUUGAAGUUGUCUUUGACUUCCAAAACAAGGGAAACACCAAGCUCAGCUUCAACGAGGCACUGAUGGCCAAGAUUGAUCUCCAGAAUGACUACUCUGCCACAAUCAAGCCUGAAGCUCAACAGAUCAACACUGUGGCUCUUGCCCGUUUCAACCAGUACAAAUCCUCCUACAACUUCACUAUUGACAACAAUAAAAAGGAGGCUGGUAUCUUUGCUACCAUGAAUGGUGAGGCUAAUCUUGAAUUCCUGACAAACCCCAUCAGCAUCCCUGAGAUUGAUCUGCCCUUCAUUAACUUGCACAUUCCAGCCAUCAGCGAUCUGAACCUGUAUGAGCAUACUGGCUUGAAGAACAUCUUGACCACCACUGAGCAGUCUCUUGAUGUUGAUUCCAAGAUCCUGUACCAGAAGAGUCAAUUUCACUCUCUGGGCAACCUGAUCACCGAACUCUCCCUGAAGUCACCCAUCUUCAAUCUGAAUGCCAAUGCUGGACUUUACACUGAAGAUGACCUUGUGUUCCGUCUCAGAGCUACCACAGCCUCCGUUUUUGAGGCUCUUAAGACCAAGCUUGAUGGCACCACCAGUUUGACCACCAAAAGAGGACUUAAACUGGCCACUGCCCUGUCCUUGGAGAAUGCCCACAUUGAGGGAAACCAUGACAGCACUUUCAGCCUAAGCACCGACAACCUGGAAGCUGCGGUGUCUGUGGCUACCAUUGCAAAGAUUGCCCUGCCCAUCUUCAACCUAGAAGCCAAUCAGAAACUUGUUGCAGACACCAAGACCAAGCCAAAUGCUGCCUCUACAUUGAAGCUGAAAGGUGAUUUCAACCUGCCCCUUAUCAAAGCAAUUGGCAAGGUAGAGGCUGACCACAGCCUGAAGCUAGAGGGAACCCUUGAGUACAUCUCCGUGGAGUCAUCCAUCAAGGGCAACAUUGAUGGCACAAUCCUGGAAUACAAUGCUGUUUUGGGAGCUCUGCACAAUGAAGCUAACAUCUACCUGAAUGCUGAUGGCCUACGCUCCACCUCAAAGAUCAUUGCCAAUGCCAAACUCAGCAACGGUGAGACAACUAUCCUGGAAAUGGAUGUGGAUGAGAAUCUGGCUGUUGAGGCAUCCGUGAGCCGUGUGUAUGCAGUGCUGAAAUUCGCCAGCAACAACGAAGCCAAUGUGAUUACCUUCAACACCACGGGAAAGCAUGUAGCCCGGGCUACCAUUGACUUUGCACCAUUGACAUCACUGACUGCUGAUGUUGAGAUUGACAUGUCUCAGCCAAGCAACAUGGGUGACAUUUCCCUCUUUGAGAAGACUGCUGUCGAGCUGACAUGUACCAAGCAGAAAAUCUCUACCACCGCCAAGAUAGCCACCCCUGUGUAUACAACAAAUCUGGCAGCUGAGUUGAAGGGUGAUGCCCCUGCCUUCAAGGCUGAACUGAAGUCAUCUGCUACCUCUGUCAUCAACUUCCUGGAUUACGACGUGGAUGCUUCCUUCACUGCAAGCUUUGAGAACGAAGCCCUGAGCGUGAAUGGCAAGGCUGUCCUUAACCAUGCAGAUCUGACCAUGGACAUUCAGAAUGUGAUUACCCAGGCUAUGAGUGUCUCCCGUCACACCCUGAAUGUGGACAUCACCAGCCCAACCUUCACUGAUGUGAACUUCCGCUAUGCUGCCCGCAGAGAUGGAGUCAGUGCUUCCAUCUCUACUCCAUCCACUGGGUUCUUGGGUCUUCAGCUCCAGGGCAGGAUCCCAUCUCAGCUGAGCGCUAAACUCUACAGCCGUUAUGCUUCUGCCCCUGAGGAUGAUGUUGACAUCUUGGUCAUCAGAGCUACUGCUAAGGAUGCCGAUAAGAUAAAACUACAGGUUGCCUACAACAUGAAAGCUCCCCACGACAUGCUCCUGGGUCUGAAGGAGAGACUCCCUGCCAUCACAUCCACCCUGAACAGCUUCUCUAACAAGUAUAAGAUCUUCGGGCACGUGGAGGGGCUGAAAAGCUCCAUCAUCAACCUCAUUGAGGAAGCCUACACUGCUGCCAACAGCCACGCAGCUGAGCUGAACCAGCUGUCAAUCCUCUUCAGGAACACUGUUUUCCAGUUCCAGAAAACCAUCCAGGUGUUCCUGGAUGCUGCCAUUAAGUUCCUUAGGGAGACAGAGUUCAAGCUCCCUGGCUCUGAGGAAAUUACCACCCUGCCUGAGGUCCUCAAGCAGCUGACCACCAGCAUUGCCACUAUGGUUGAGCAGGCCAUCCAGAUGCUCAUAGACAGAGCAGAGGCCUCCUUCAAUGCUCUGGUCGAUAUGAUCAGCGACAUCCAGGUCACUAUGCCAAUUGGUGAUGUGAUAACUGGAGCCCAGAUUAUAGAUAACAUGAAGUAUGCUCUUGCCCAGUUUGUGGGUCUGGUGAAGCAUCUGGAGAGCCUUGACAUGGUCCUGGAGAAGCUUGGCGAGACCCUGAAGGUCAUUGUUGAGAAGGCCCAGGAGUUUGUCGACACUCUGAAGUCUGACUACCUGGAUGCCGUCGCUAUCUACAUCAACGCUCUGUACAAUAACCUUGUCGGCGUGAUCAAGACCGUCCUGGACCAAGUCAAUACUGUGUUGAACAUGGAGCAGGUGAACUUAGCAAUGGAACACAUCGCUGACAUGGUUCUGUCUGUGGUUAACCAGCUCAACCUCGCCAUCACUGGUCUUCUGCAGCAGGCUUCUGAGGAGGCCCAGGCUUUCAUCAAAGUUAACGGUGGAAGGCUUGAGAUCGAGCUUCCCUUUCCCUUCCACCAGUGAGAUAACCUCACAGACUGAACCCUGAGUCUAACACUACAAUGUGUUUAACAUUAUGCUAUUCUGAGGCACAGGGCUGGGAACGUACCUCAAACAAGUAUUUCAGCACAUCUUUAAAGCCUUUAGGUAAACAUGCAGCUAUUAUUUGAUCAUUUUUGUGUAAAUGACAAUUGGUACACUUACCAACAUAAAAAUGAAAUACUGUUGAGUCCUAUUUCCCUAUCUGUCUGUACCAUACAAGAUGCAAUAUGAGAGUACAAAAUAAAUAACA